AUGAAGCGGAAGAGCCAGAGGCUGAGCUGGGCCACCGCGCCCCCCUGCUCGCCCCCCUGCUCUGAGCGCAGCUCAUCGACCUCCCUGGGAGUGAAGAAGAGCCGCAGCUCCGCGUCGCAGGAACAGCGUCACCUGGAUCAGCAGGACGACCUGUACCUGAACAUCUCCGAUCGCCUUUGUUUUGCCAUUCUCUGCAGCAGACCAAAGAGUUCAUCAAAUGUACAUUAUUUCACCAUAGAUAAUGAACUUGAAUAUGAGAACUUCUACGCAGAUUUUGGACCACUCAAUCUGGCAAUGCUUUACAGAUAUUGUUGCAAGAUAAAUAAGAAAUUAAAGUCCAUCCCAAUGAUAAGGAAGAAAAUUGUUCAUUUUACUGGCCCUGAUCAGAGAAAACAAGCAAAUGCUGCUUUCCUUAUUGGAUGCUACAUGGUUAUAUAUUUGGGGAAAACUCCAGAAGAAGCAUAUUCAAUAUUAAUGUUCGGCAAUACAACCUACAUUCCUUUCAGAGAUGCUGCCUAUGGGAGCUGCAAUUUCUUCAUUACCCUUCUGGACUGUUUUCACGCGGUGAAGAAGGCAAUGCAGUAUGGCUUCUUUAAUUUCAACUCAUUCAAACUUGACGAAUAUGAACACUAUGAAAAAGCAGAAAAUGGAGAUUUAAAUUGGAUAAUACCAGGCCGAUUUAUUGCCUUCUGUGGACCUCAUUCAAGAUCCAGACUUGAAAGUGGUUACUACCAACAUGCUCCUGAGUCUUACAUUGCCUAUUUUAAGAAUCACAACGUUACUACCAUUAUCCGUCUGAAUAAAAGGAUGUAUAAUGCCAAACAGUUUACAAAUGCUGGUUUCGAUCACUAUGAUCUUUUCUUUGCGGAUGGCAGCAUCCCUACUGAUGCGAUCGUCAAAGAAUUUCUGGAUAUUUGUGAAAGUGCCGAGGGUGCCAUUGCAGUACAUUGUAAAGCUGGCCUUGGACGAACGGGCACCCUGAUAGCCUGCUACAUCAUGAAGCAUUACAGGAUGACAGCGGCCGAGGCCAUCGCCUGGAUCCGAAUCUGCAGGCCUGGCUCCGUGAUUGGGCCACAGCAACAGUUCUUGAUGACGAAACAGUCAAGCCUUUGGUUGGAAGGAGACCAUUUCCGUCGAAAGUUAAGGGGUCAGGAGAAUAGCAGACACAAAGCCGCUGUCUCAAAGCUCCUCGUGGCUGUGGAUGACUUUUCACUCCAUGGGGCCGAGAAACACACCAAGCAAAAACCCGAACUGUACAGCGAUGACGACGAAAGCUACAGCGUGACGCAAGGAGAUAGACUCCGGGCCCUGAAAAGCAGGAGGCAGCCAAAAAAGAGCGCUGUGCCCCUCACAGUAAUUCUUCAGUCCAGUGUUCAGAGCUGUAAAACAUCUGAACCUAACGUUUCUGGCAGUGCAGGCAUUGCUAAGAGAGCCACCAGAUCUGCUUCAAGGAAAAGCAGUUUUAAAAGUCCCUCCAUUUCGAGGACUAAGACAGUGUUGCGUUAA